CAAGAUAGAAGACUUUCUUGAAGCUGUUGUAUAUUCAAUCAAAUCAUUAGAGAAAAUUUAUGUAAUCUCUAGUGCGUUUCUUCCGUCAUCUUUCUUUCAUUGAUUUGUCUCAAAAGUCAACAAAUUGGACUAACUCUUGCUCUUAUCUAUCUUCAGGUGAAGAAAAAUCCCAAUAUAGGUUAGGGUUUAUGUAUGACGAAAAAUCACAACUUUGCUUGUUUCCAUUGUUUAGUUUUCUCCGUAUUUCUGAUGGAAUUUGAUUGUAAAGCUACCUGAGUUUUGAACGUGAUAACGAUGGCUCCACCAAUUCUUUCCCUAGCCCUUCCUUCUCAAACAGGUCGAGUUCUCAGCAUUCAGUCCCAUACGGUUCAGGGCUAUGUAGGCAAUAAAUCAGCUGUUUUUCCCCUUCAAUUAUUGGGUUUUGAUGUGGACCCAAUCAACUCAGUGCAAUUCUCCAACCACACAGGGUAUCCAACCUUUAAGGGGCAGGUUUUGAACGGACAAGAACUGUGGGAAUUAUUAGAAGGCCUUGAAGCAAAUGAUUUAUUAUUCUACACUCAUUUAUUAACUGGCUAUAUUGGCUCCGUUUCCUUUUUGACCACUGUGUUAGAAGUCGUCAACAAGCUUAGGUCUAUCAACCCAAAGCUUACUUAUGUCUGCGAUCCAGUUCUUGGCGAUGAAGGAAAGCUUUAUGUCCCCAUGGAAUUGGUAUCCGUAUACCGUGAGAAGGUUGUCCCAGUUGCCUCCAUGUUAACUCCAAACCAAUUUGAAGCGGAGUUAUUGACUGGUUUAAGGAUUGUAUCAGAAGAUGAUGGUAGGGAAGCUUGCAACAUCCUUCAUACUGCUGGACCUUCAAUGGUCGUCUUAACCAGCAUAAGCAUAGAUGGAAAUCUUCUUCUUAUUGGAAGUCACAGGAAAGAAUUGGAUCAAGAGCCUGAGCAAUUUAAGAUCGUGAUACCCAAAAUUCCUGCUUAUUUUACGGGUACUGGAGAUCUAAUGACCUCACUGUUGCUUGGAUGGAGCAAUAAAUAUCCAAACAGUCUUGACAGAGCAGCAGAGCUCGCUGUGUCGAGCUUACAGGCUCUUCUACAGAGAACUGUAAGUGACUAUCGGAAGGCAGGAUAUGAUCCCCAAUCAAGCAGCCUAGAGAUUCGGUUGAUUCAGAGUCAAGAUGACAUUCGGAACCCUCAAGUUACAUACAAGGCUGAGAUAUAUAAAAACCCCAAAGCCGAGAGAUAGAAACAAUUGUGAGACGAAAUAUUUCUUAAGUUAAGAUCAUUGAUCAAAGGCCAAGGGUGGUUGAUUUAAGAGUUAAAGACUAAAGCUCUCAGUUUAAUAUCAUUGAAGUGCAUUUAAUAAUGCUGGAGAUGAUUAGUACUAUUUUAUGUCUUCCUCUUAUACUCCCCUUUAUUUCAUUUUUCUAUACGGUUUCUAUGUUUGUUACAAGGUUGACGCAUAACUUUAAUUUUAUAUAUUUAAUGUUACAGAAAUUAAAAUAUAUGUCAAUUCUAUAAGAUUGUGUUGUGA